CCUCGGCUUAUCAGGACACCUUCACUCUUCUGACCUACAUUCACUUUUCUCCCUCCUUUUUUUUUUUUUACCUCGCAUAUUAUUAUCUUCUCUGCUCAGGUAGCAGGGAAAACCGUUAAGUUCGAGCCAAAAAAAAAUCCGUGGUUAAAGAGGGGCGAUUGGGAUCUGAUAGAACCCACCCCACCGCAACGACGAAAGCGUCAUUGAACCAGCUCCUCGUUUUUAAUUGUAUCUCGGCAACGUGUCGAGAGAGAUAGGCUCGGCGUUGGCCGACGGCCUAGAUAGGCUGGAUCUGAGUCAACUGUCUGAAUCAACGCCAUCCUCAUCCGCGUCCGACUCGUUCGAUAUGUCGUCCUCCGAAGGCGCCCCGGAGUCGUGGAUCUCCUCGUUCUGCUCCCUCAUGGGUCACGAGUUUUUUGCAGAGGUAUCGGAGGAUUUUAUCGAGGAUGACUUCAACUUGACCGGACUGCAAUCGCAGGUGCCCAUGUACAAGGAGGCGCUAGAGAUGAUUCUAGAUGUAGAACCGGAAGAGGAUGAAGAGGAAGAAGAGGAGGAGGAGGAAGAGGAGGAUGACGACGAGUUACUCGGUGAUGAGAAACCCCCGGGAUACCGCAGGGCCGGCGAGCGGAGACAUACACGAGUGGCCAGCGAUUUGAGCGUGAUUGAAAGCUCCGCGGAGUUGCUAUACGGAUUGAUCCACCAGCGAUACAUCACUUCGCGGCCGGGCAUCCAGCAGAUGCUGGAAAAGUACGAGAUGCAACAUUUUGGCGUCUGCCCACGGGUCUAUUGCAACGGAUGUAAAGUGCUACCAGUGGGGCGUUCCGACACUCCAGGUCAAGAUACUGUGAAGCUGUUCUGCCCCAGUUGCCAGGACCUUUACAUGCCUCCAAACAGCCGAUUCCACUCUGUCGACGGCGCUUUCUUUGGAACUACCUUUGGUUGCCUAUUCUUCAUGACAUUCCCUGAUUUGGACAUCGGGCCCCGACUCGACGGACCCCUAAGCACAAUGUCCCCUACACGCUCGAGCUCAUUCCCUUCGACCACCACAGCAACGACUACAACAGCAAACCCCACCACAGGCACCCAACCCAGCGAGGCCCCUCGCCCAGUGCUGCCAGCGGAGCUAAACGGUGUGCGGACAGUAAACUUCUGCCCAGGACUUGGUCCAGACAGAAUGUACGAGUCACGCAUCUACGGAUUCCGCGUCUCUGAGCGGUCUCGGUCCGGUCCACGCAUGAAAUGGCUACGGAUGAAGCCAAAGGAGAUUCUGGACCUGGAUGAGACAUCCUUAUACAAGGGGACAACACCCCACGAGGAUGAUGGCGAUACGGAGAUGGGUAGUGCUAAUGCACAGAAUGCCGCCGCUAUAGCGAGAAGGAAAAAGGCCCCGAUGCGACGACGAAGAUAUAAUCCCGACCAGAUGAGCAUAAACGGAGCGGAAGGUUGACAAGGCAGUUGUGUGAACCCCCAAGCAAACAAUCCGCAUCUCCCCGAAAUCUCAUCACUUACGUCCCCAACAACCAAAGACCAGUAAGUCUACGACAUCAGCCUCUCCUCGACUUACCACACAACCCAACCAUCCGUCCAGGCAUCACCACGCAUGUCUUCAUUUUUAGUCGCACUUUAUUUCAUCUCAGUUCUACUACCUACUACCGUAUUAAACUCAAUCAAUUCAUUCCGUUCCAUUACUUUAAUUUAUUCUAUUCCUCGUUACUUUCUGGUCUUGUACCUGCAUCGAGGCGUCGUUGCAUCUACUUUUGCUUCUUUUUCCUUUUUUUUUUUUAUGUUUCCCUUCUUUACUUUAUCUUUCCAUAAUCGAUGAUGUUUAGUGCAGUAAACCGUACAGAAACCAACCCCGACACUCAACUCAGACAGACACAGCAAGACAGAGACAG